GUCUGUUUACAAUUUGGUUGAAUUAGAAUUAGAUAAUUAUGAAGAAAAUAAACUAGUUUUUAAUACUAUUUAUGAUUUAAAAUUAUUUUUUGAGAAUUCUAAUAAUUGUAUUUGUCAUCAAACUUUAAAGCAAAAAGAUCUUAGAACUUGCUUUGAAAAAGUAGAAUUUAAACAUUUUUUUGAAAGAUAUUUUGAGUUAAAAGCUUUAAACAAACAUGAACUUAAACUUUUUAUGAAGUCAUAA